AUGACCUCACGGAUCGAGAAGACGAUUGCCCGCCAACGAGAAAAGAUUGCCUCCGGCGCUUACUACGAAGCUCACCAGCAGCUGCGUGUCAUCGCGGCACGAUACAUCAAACAAGGCAGCUACGAUGCGGCGGCUGACUUGUUGGCCGGAGGCGCUACCGCUUUACUGAGAGCCGGCUCGCAGCAGGGUGCUGCUGCGAGUGGUGGUGAUCUGGCGAUUAUGCUGGUGCUUGAGGUGUACACCAAGGCAGAGUGGGAGAUUACUGGAGAGGAUGAUGAUGCGAAGGGACGGGCCCGGAAGAAGCGCCUGAUCGAAUUGCUCCGUGAAAUCCCACCGGAGGAGCCUGCGAGAAAGAGGUAUAUCCAGGAAAUGAUUAGUUGGAGUGGAAGGUUUGGCCCGUUGGAAAGAGGCGACCCAGAGCUGCACCACGCAGCCGGAUCGGUGUACGCUGAAGACAACGAACCAUACGAUGCCGAGAAGCACCUCAUUCUUGGGACACCGGAAUCAGCUGAGACCCUUGCAAAGCUCGAAUACGAGUGGUACACCAACGAUGAACCGCACACGGCCGCUAUUUACGCUUCGCGCGCUGUUUUCCCAUACCUUAUGACCGGGAACCUCCGCAGUGCCAACAAGGCUUUCAUGGUCUUCACAUCGCGACUCUCUUCAUCAGAUCCCACUCUUGCUGUCCAAGAUGUCAGCAGCGCCAGUUCCGAUAUCAGAGUAUUCCCCACGGUGCCUCUGUUGAACUUUAUCAACAUGUUGCUCCUUACAAUCCAACGUGGAAACGCAGAUCUCUUCCGACAAUUGACGGCCCACUAUUCCUCUCAGAUCAAAGAAGUCGGCAUCUGGGACGAUGCGUUAGCGCAAUUUGGUGAGAAAUAUUUCGGCAUCGACAUUCCUCGCCAGAGUAAUCCGCUGUUCGAUAUGAUGGGCAGCAUGUUGUUUGGAGGUCAACAAGGCGGUGGUAGAGGACCGCAGGCGGCUUCGAGGAGAGUCGAGGCGCCAAGGAAUAUGGAGCUUGAUUGA